CAAACUGUUCCGCAUAUGUCACUCACAGCCGUGAAGUCUGAUGCCGCCGCCGUGAUCGGUGUGGUGGGCGGCGGCGGAACUGUUGCACUAUCCGAGUCCCGGGAAUGGGCACCUCCGCCGCCGGGCAAGCGAUGUGCCACGGUGACUAUGCUCCUGGCCCAGAGGAUUGCACGCAACGCUGGCUGGUCAGUCGACGCGGAGCCUUCGUACAGUGCGAACAAGAUGAACGUCUGGCAAACGUUGGAGUAUCUGUCGGGGUUGAGUCUGCGUAAGAAGUACAACUACGAGGGCUUCGCGGACACCCAGAAUGUGAUCAGGACCCUAACGCCCUCCUGGCGGCGGGAUAGCUUUGCCGAGAAGGCCAAGGCCGAGGAACUGGCCGGUGGAGCAGCCUCAUCCACGGUCAAGUAUCCCGAGGAACGCCCCUCGAGUGUUCCCCUGAUCGCUGUCACGGAACCGGGCAUAAGUACCAGUUUCCACAGCGCUGACAAUCAUGUCGCCCUGGGCGAUCUGCGAUCUGCUACGAGAAGUUCAUACGGUCAUGGCAGAAGGCAUCGCAGCCGGAGCCGGAAACUUAAUGCUCCGAACUUAGAUCCCGAGUACGCCCUGUCGCCGGAGGACCUGCAGGACUUGGUCAAGUGCAAUUUCAAUUUGCCGCGCAUUAGCGCCCGCCUGGAGCGUCUGAUGGGCACCAAUGUGGUCAAGCUGACGGACCGCGCCUACAUGAAGGAGCUGCGCGAAAGGAUCGACGAGGAUUACCGCAAACAGCUGCUGUCCCGCAUCCGCGCCCGAGAGUUAAAGGAAGUGGAGCGCGAGCGAAUGCUAAUUAUAGAAGGCAAAUCGGAUGUGAUACCAGACGAACUGGCUGACGAUCCCAUAUUUAUGGUCAACAAAGAUGCCAAUAUGGAGAUCCAGAAAGAGCGCUCCAAAUUAAAGACAGCUCGGGAGAAGAAUGCGGAGCGUUUGAAGCUGCAGGGAGUGAAAUGGGAACGGGAACGACUCCAACAUGCCGCCAAAGAAGCCGAACUGCUGGCCAAGAAACGCGAGCGGCACCGCCAGCAGAAGUUGUUGGUGGAACAGUACAGGACAGAGGACGCCGAAAGGGGCAUGGACCUGCUGCGCAUCGAAAACGAAGACUGGCGGGAGUGCGAAAAGAGCCUGAAGGAGUUCCUCGAAGAGGAGCGUGCCAAAAUGAAGGAGCGUUCGCUGCGCAUCUCACAUCCCUACUCAUCGGAUCCGCAGGACAUACAGAACAUAGUGAGAGCCAGACAAAAGUUCCGCGAAACAGAGUUGCGUAUUCGCAACCAACUGGAGGACAAGCUAAAGGAUGUGAAAUUGGCGGUCACCACUCAACAGCUGACCGAACUCAUCGAGGAUGCCCAUCGAUCUAGCGUGGAACUAGUGCCAGAGGCUUCGCUGGAGGACGACGAGCUCCAGGGCGAGGCACAGUCCAGGUAUCUGGACGAUGUGACCGAUGUCUCAGAGGAGACGGUGAUCAGCGAGGAUGCCAUCAGCCUGACCCUGGCCAAGCAGCAAUAUGCCGAGGAACUGGAGGCCGAAAUGGAGGACGAGUUCAAUCGGGGACUACUCAUCUCCAAGCAGCAGUACGAUCAGCUGCGCUUCGAGGACGAGAAGAUCGUGGCGCUCAGGAAUGCCAAGAACAUUCGAGAGCUGUAUGAGCUGGCUGAGGAGAUCAUCAAUGGCGAGAAGUUCGAGGAGGCGCCAGAGGAGGCCGAAGAGGAAGCCUUAGCCGAAGAGCAGGAGCUCGAAGUCACCUCCAUUCACGAGGACCCGGAUGCAGCCAAAGCUUAAAAGUCAAAGGUUGAAGCAUUUCCAAUGUUCGAAGGGCAAAGGGAUGCCGUUUUUCCUGCUGCUACUGCUUUUUUCGCGAGUUUUACAAAGUUUGGCCAAAUAUUUCGUUUCCCUGGCUGGAAAUCAAAAUAUUUCACCAAAUUGUGCAAAAAUCAGUCUGGAUAUGGGGGACCACAGUUUAUUGCCGACGCAGUUGUUAAUCACCGAAAGGGAACGUCAGCGCUACUGUCACUCAAUCUCAGCGCUUAGGUUGAUAACUGUCAAUGGGGUUUAAUUAGAGCUGUAACGAGGUGAUAGUGCCCGCAUGGCAAUAAUAAUAAAGCGACCGAAAAAUCCAAAAACAA